CAUCAUACUCGGCCCGUCCAUGCUGUCACGCAGUCCGGCGUUCAAGGAGAUGGUGUUCCCGGCGAGGGGCGACGCGGUGCUGCACACCGUCGCGACGUUCGGGCUCAUGUACGCCAUCUUCCUCAUCGGCGUGCGGAUGGACCCGAAGCUCGUCGUCCGCUCCGGCAAGAAGGGCGUGAUCAUCGGCCUUUCCGGCUUCAUCCUCCCGCUGGCCAUGACCACCGCGGGCUUAUCCGGCGCCGCCAUGGUCUCGGAGCCCGACGUGACGAGGCGUUCCACGUUCCUGUUCGCGCUGGCCACGUCGCUCUCGGUCACGUCCUUCGCGGUGCUGUCGCCGAUCCUGUCGGAGCUCAGCCUCCUCAACUCCGACCUCGGCCGCACCGCCAUGUCGGCCUCGAUGACCACCGACGGCAUCGCGUGGCUCAUCAUGGUGGGGUACAUCCUCGCCGAGGCGUUCCUCGUGUCGGCGGUGACGUCGCUCUGGGCGUUCCUCUCGGUGGCCGCGCUCGGCGCGCUCAUACUGUUCGCCGUGCGCCCGGUCGCGCUCAAGGUGAUCGAGCGCACGCCGCCGGGCAAGCCCGUGGACGAGAACUACGUCUUGUUCUUCCUCCUCAUCGUGCUCCUCGUCGGGUUCUACAGCGACAUCAUCGGCACCAACUCGUUCCACGGCGCGCUGAUGCUGGGGCUGGCAAUCCCCGAUGGACCGCCGCUCGGCACCGCGCUGGGGGAGAAGAUUGACGCCAUGGUGUCCGGCCUGAUUCUGCCUCUCUACUACGCCAUGACCGGGCUCAGCACCGAUGUGUGGUCCCUGCAUUGGGGCAGGCUGCAGCUAGUCGUGCUCCUCGGAUGGUUUGGCAAGCUGGUCGGCGUCAUGGUGCCGUCGCUGUGCCUUGAGAUCCCCCUCCGGGACGCCGUGUCCCUCAGCUUGUUCAUGAGCUCCAAGGGCAUCGUUGAGGUCAUCACCUUCACCUUCUUCCUCACCAACAAGUUGAUCGGCAAGAACUCCUUCAGCGGCCUGAUAUGCUCGUCGGUGGCGAUCACGGCGGUGUCGGUGCCGGUGGCGGGAUUGCUGUACGACCCGGCGCGGCGCUACGCCGUCUACAAGCGGCGCACCCUGCAACACCUCAAGCCGGACGCCGAGCUGCGCAUCCUGGCGUGCCUCCACGACGAGUCCCACGUCCCGGGGACGCUCGCGUUGCUCGAAGCGUCGCACGCCACGCCCCAGACGCCCAUCGGCCUCUACCUCCUGCAGCUCGUCGAGAUCGCCGGCCGCUCCGCGCCGGUGUUCAUCCCGCACAACCCGCGCCGCAACGCGUCUCGGAUCGGCGCGCCCAACGCGCCGUCCACCGACUUCGACCGCAUCAUCAACGCCUUCUUCCGGCACGAGCUCCGGCGACCGGAGGGCGCGGUCUCGGUGCACCCGUUCACCACCAUCUCCCCGUAUUCCUCCAUGCACGACGAGGUGUGCCGCCUCGCCGUCGAGAAGCGCACGUCGCUGAUCCUCCUCCACUACCAUAAGCACCACUUGCUCGCCGGCGGCGUGCGCGCCUCAGUCGGGCUCCGCGUCGUCAACCGCAAGGUGCUGGAGGUCGCGCCGUGCUCGGUCGCGGUGUUCGUCGACCGCAACGCCGGGAACGUGGGGCUGUCCAAUUUCAUUCCGGCCCCGCUACAGGACUACUCAGGCUCUUCCACGGGCAGCAGUGGCCUCUCGAUGAUGAGCGGGCCACAGUUCCACGCCGCGGUGGCGGCGCUCUUCUUCGGCGGCGGCGACGACCGCGAGGCCAUGUCCUACGCGGCGCGCAUGGCGCGCCACCCGGGCGUGACGGUUGCGAUCGUGCGGUUCCUGCCAGCCCGAGGCAUCAAGGACGACCCGGCGGAUCGGCGGGUGGACAACCGCGCCAUCGAGGAGGUGAAGGCGCUCGCGGCGAGGAGCAGGAACAUGCAAGUCCGGGAGGAGCUCGUCGGCGACAUGGAGAAGAUCGUCGGGGUGCUGAGGGGUCUCGACAAGGCCGGCUACGACCUAGUCAUCGUUGGCAUGAGGCACAGGUGGUACCCGGUGAUGCCGGCGAACGGGCUGUCGGACUGGAGCGAGUGCCCCGAGCUUGGCGUCAUCGGCGACCUCCUCGCGUCCUCCGACUUCGACACGCCCUACUCGGUGCUCAUCAUGAAGCAGCAGGACCAGGCUGGCCUGAACGCCGCUGUGCCGGGAGCCCAGGACGAGUGGCACGGUGCACUGCCGCCGGGUCGGCAGCGAACCAUGUCGACGGCGGGAUCUAGCAUGUCCAAGCGAUAGGACCGCGGUAAACAACCCUUAUGUCAUCUUACCUUUGCGUCAUAGAAUUGAUACAUUCACGGAUUGACCCCUCUAGUUUCUAGGACUUGGUUCAAAUAGAUUUUCAGAUUGUUCUUUGGAGAUCCUGUGUACAGUUCAGGAUUAGCAAGGUAGUUAUCAUUCCAGUGAA